GAGAAUUUACAACGGUAAGGUAACGCUCAUCGCCAGUGUGUCAUCCAAUUGUGUAUUUUGGGCGUGGAGAAGCGACAAAAACAAUUUUGCUUUGAUUUUUGUUAAGAAUUUGCAAUGGGAGCCAGUAAUCGCACAACUCGUAUAGCUGUUGGAAUUUCCGCGAUAUCUUUUUUAUUGUUCCUGAUUGCUUUCGUUACACCGUACUGGCUGGUCACGGAUGGUCGUAUUGCAAAUCCACGGUUUACAAAUCUUGGACUUUGGGAAGUGUGUUUUAAUAAUUUCCAAGAUAUACAUCGAUUCUACGAUACAGUUUUCAACGGAUGCAUGUGGGUUUUUGAAGAGGAGUAUUACAUUAUCCACGAUUUCUUACUGCCAAGUUUCUAUGUUGCUGUACAAGUUUUUGCUACAUUAUGCUUCGUACUGUGCCUUUUUGCAUUGCCACUAACAUUAGGAUUUUUGCGGACUUCCCGCGACGAUGAUCGUUAUGUGGGCUUGCUACUAUCCAUUGGUACCUGCCAAGUGCUUGCUUCUAUAUUCGGUUUUAUGGCAGUAGUAAUAUUCGGUGCAAAAGGAGACUCUCGUGAUUGGAUGCCAGGUUGGCAGAAUAAUGAUAUGGGUUGGUCAUUUGCUCUAGCUGUAGUUGGUGGUGUUAUGUUGCUACCUGCAGGCAUAUUAUAUAUUGUUGAAGCACGCCGUGAACGUUAUCGUCAUUUAAACGAAAUUAGUAACCGAGAGAUAACUGAAUAUGAAUCAGAAAGAAAUGAUGACUUUUAUCAACAACAAGCGCAGCAAUAUUUUGCACCCGAGCCAUCUAGACCUAGACGCCCACCACCAGGACAAAGUACUUCCGCUGCAGCCGCAGCAGCUGCUGCUCUGCCAGCUGGUGGUAUUCAAACAGAUAUCUGAACAAAUAAGCAGAUAUUGAAAUUGAACAAGCACAAAAAGACAAAUCUACAAAAGAGCAUAUCGAAUAUUUUUUAUCUCAAAUAUCCGUCCAUUUUUAGGGUACAAAGAAAAAUGAUAGCAUCAUAGCAUUUCAUGAAUUAUUUGUUUUUAGUUAUUAAUUAAAGUACUGUCAAUUAAAAAAAAUCUUUGUCGAGAGCUUUUAUCAGUAUGUAAUAUGUUAGUGUUUUAUAUUUUAAAUUCGAUAUAUACGAUAAACCUUUUAAUUUGUAGAAUGAUGUAUUCGUAAAUUAUGAUGUCUUUUAUGUAUAAUUUUUACAUAAGAAUAAUACAUUUUUUACAGAAAAUUUAUAUUUACACU